ACUUUGCUAUUUCCAGACAAUGUUUAUGCUGUCUGUUUUGAAAGGUGGUCAUAGCAAAUGGCUAAUACACGAUAUAGCCUAGCUUGCAUAAAAGCGUACGAAGCAGGAUCGGUUCAUCCGCGGUCUCAAGUCGUCCAACCCAUUCCACAUUUGCAUAGCGUGAUCAUUGGUUGGAAUCGCACCGACGACGCGUAUGGGUCUUGGGUUGAGUCGCAGUGCAUUUAAUAUACCGCAUCACCGGAGAUGAGUUGCUUGGUUGCAUGACUGAAAGGAUUUGGGAUCUUUAUCAGCCGUAAUAACGCGUGGUCAAUAGACUACUGUGUUGAUCAAGGGAAGCUAGGUGGAGCCCUAGAAAUGGCAGUGAAUGUCCAAGUCAAUCCCAUAGCAACACAAAACCGCUAUAUGUUGUUGGCCUGGCUCAACGAAUGUUUGCAGACCAGGUUCACCAAGGUGGAACACACAUGCUCAGGUGCUCCGUUCUGCCAGCUGAUGCACUGGCUGUUCCCUGACUCUGUGGACCUAAAAAGAGUAAGAUUCCAGAGCCAGGGUGAGUUGGAUGCCCUCCACAACUUCAGUGUGCUGCAGGCCAGCUUCAGGAAAAGUGGGGUAAUCAAAGCAGUCCCAGUUAAGGAUCUGAUCCAAGGGAACGCUGCAGUGGGACUGGGCUUCCUGCAGUGGUUCAAGUUGUUUUUUGACUCUAACCACAAUGGCCUGGAGUAUGAUGCCCUCCAGGCCCGGGCUGGACAGAGCAUGCUGUGCGCUAAUGAUGAUAAACUGCCCGAACGAUCCAAUGGCCCCACACAACAACAUUUCUCUACUGAUGUCGAGAUGGCUGAGAAGUCCUCCCAGAACAAGGAAACACCCGUGGAUGGUCAGACUGCAGAACCUGAAGGGGGGAAGGAGGGUACGGUUUUACACUGCAGCCUCAGCCUGAUGCAGCUCAUCCAGCAGCACUGGCCCAGCCCAGCAAAGCACGGGAAGGAAAUGCCACUGGAUAAUUUAGCCAGACACAUUCUGGGUAAGAAGUACCCCCAGGAUAUUGUUAGAGCCUGCUCCCACACCCCCUACUGCCUCUACCUGUAUCGAGGCUUGGAGCUGGGAAGAGAGGUCAAGCAGACCGCUAGCAUGCUUCUGGUGGGCUACUUUGACCUGGGUUCAGGGGUCAGAAAAGUGCGCCUGCUUGACACCCUUCUACAUGGGGACUGCACUAGGUCAGAUUCUGUAGACGAGCUGGACGCUCUGGUGGAGACCCUGGGGAGGUUUGAGAUCCCCAUAGCAAACCUGGCCAUGUUCUACUGUCAGUCUGCAGACUGCAAUGACUUGGGGCUGUGCCAGCUGUUGGUGUCUGGGCUCAGGGCUCUGAAUCCUGGACUGGUGUCUCUAUGUGGCCUCCCUGGCCUGGCUGGACGUGCGUGUCAUGCAGGCGUUACAUUGCUGCCAGAGACAGUUCUGGAGCUGGUCAGGAAAAUUCACCACCACUACUCCACCUGCAGCACAACUAAUGACAAUCUCAAGGAGAUGUUUGCCUACGUGCCAAGUUUGAACCCCCUCCUCCCCCUGUCGUCCCAGGUCCUUUUCCUGGGUAGGAUGGUGCAGAAUAUGACUGACGCCUGGCCCAACCUUCUCCAGUAUUUUGAAUCCAGAGGCAGCGAGGGCGACUCAGAGUCUGUGUGUGUCCUUCUAAGGGACCUGAAGGUCAGACUGAGCCUUCUAUUCACUGGGCAUGCUCUGGAGCCACUUUUUGCCUUCCAGGAUCUUCUUGAGCAGGACUCCAGUGACAUGUCCACCAUCCUACUCCAGGCCUCCAGCCUGGUGCACUCCUACGCAGCCAGCUUCCUCCAGGCUCCCGCGGUGGACCAAUUCCUGAGGCGGCGAGACUCUGGGUUCCUUGCCAACAGUAAGGACUACCUCCAGGGAUUAGAGGUGAACCUUGGCGCCGGUGUGGAGGACUUUUUGUCAGAACACCGGGCAGAACUAAAAGAUGACGCUGUUGACUCUUUUCUGGAGAGCAGCGUGUCCUUCUACAAGGCUAUUACCUGGAGCCUAAUAGAAGGCCUGCCGCUACCCUCAGUGCUCCUAAAGCACAUUCCCUCUUUGCUGUGGCCGGCUGGGAGGCUGGAGGUGACAGGCAGGUCAGUAGUUGAGCUGGGGACCGUCAUGGGGCUGUGUGGUGUCCCAGUGGACACAGACCUUCUGACCGACGAGUUCCUGGAUUAUAUGAUCUCGCAGGCUGAGGAGCCUAGACCCAACUCUCGCUCUGUUGGAACCAUGGUAGAGCAGCAUUGGAGCCCGCUGCUGAGGACCAUGGGAAAGAGGUCUAUCCUAAGGAAGCUAAUCCUCUCUCUUCUCGCUCUCCCCUCUGGUUCCCUGCAAAGGGACAUGAUUUUUGCUCAGGCUAUCGUGCUGGGUGAUGGUGGUCUGAAUGAGGAUGUGUGGCUCACAGAAGUGACAGAAGACAGUGAGGACGACGUCAUAUCUAUGUCUCCGCCAAAUCCUCUAAAACAGAAGACUGUGAUUGACCUCACAGAGCCCACUGAGACCGAACCCUCUAUUGUUACAGAAGGCAAAAGCCCAGAGACGAAGACUUCUCAGACGUCUGACAUUAUUGAUCUGGAUGACAGUGACGAUGAUGUUAUCUGGACCGUGACCACAAGAAAUAAGCCUUCCAUUCCCAUGGCCCCUGAGGGACCUUCUCAGAAGUCUUCCUCUAUGUACCAGGAUGGAAAGGGCUACACUGUGGGAGAGCUGGUAUGGGGAAAGGUGGAGGGAUACUCCCUGUGGCCAGGGAUUGUCCAACCCUGGAAGAGAGAGCAGCCUGCUGUUGGCAUCCGAAAAGUCGAAUGGUUUGGGGAUGGCAUGUUUUCUGAGAUACAGUGUCAGGAACUGCUGCCAUUUGGAGCAUUUGCGCAAUAUUUCUGCCCAAAUAGCUUCGCUACCCUCGUUACAUAUAGGGACGCUAUAUUCCAGUCCCUGCAGCUGGUUGCUUCAAGAUGCAGGAAGGUGUUUUCUCUGGGUUCAGAUGAGCGGGAGGAACACCUCAGGGUUAUGCUGGACUGGGCCUUCGGGGGUUUCAAACCCACUGGCCCAGAUGGCUUCAAACCCCCCCUUCAGACAGAGGAUCAAACUACAAGUAAAAAGACGUCGGAAGACAUACCGCCGGCCCAAACAUCAUCCACUUUCAAUAUAAUGAAGGCAACAUCCAGAAACGUUGACCUCUACAACCUGACCAGGGUGUCUGUGUGUCUCACCAAGCUCUCCCUAAACCUUGACAAUGGCACCUUCAAACUCAAGCAGAAGGAAGAUGAAAGUGCCUCACCAAACCGGGGGAAAAAGAACCGAGAUCUGGCCUACAAGCCACCAGUGAAAAAACAAAGGCAGCAGAGCAACAAAAAUAAAGAUCCUGACUAUGUAUAUGUGCAGCCGGAUCAGAAAUACAGAGAGGAGAUGAUUCAGAGGGUGAAGAAGAAAAAAAUGGACAUUGAAGCUUACUGUCUGUGCUGUAUGACUGACGAAGUAGAGAUUUUCCAUCCACUGUUUGAAGGAAGCCUUUGCCUUGAAUGCAAGGAUAACUUUACUGAGACUCUUUAUCGGUACGAUGAGGAUGGUUACCAGUCCUACUGCACAGUGUGCUGUGCUGGCCUGGAAGUCAUCCUCUGUGGGAACGACAGCUGCUGCCGCUCUUUCUGUUUGGACUGCCUCGACAUCUUGGUUGGGCCAGGUACCUUUGACUCUCUGAAGGAAAUUGAUCCGUGGAUCUGCUACCUGUGCCAACCACACAAUUCUUACGGUUCCCUGAAACCCCGUAUGGAUUGGAGCAUCCGUGUCCAGGGUUUUUUUGCAAAUGACAGUGCCUUUCAGUUUGAGCCCCACAGGGUAUACCCAUCCAUCCCUGCCAACAUGCGCCGACCGAUCAAGGUCCUCUCUCUUUUUGAUGGGAUUGGCACAGGUUACUUGGUACUGAAAGAGUUGGGAUUCAAGGUGGACAAAUACGUGGCCUCUGAGAUCUGUUCAGACUCCAUCGCUGUCUCUGAGGUCAACCACGAAGGCAAGAUCAUACACAUGGAUGAUGUCCGGCUAAUCACUAAAGAGCAUAUCCAGAAAUGGGGUCCAUUUGAUCUGCUCAUUGGCGGGAGCCCUUGCAACGAUCUGUCUAUCGUCAACCCUGCUCGAAAGGGCCUGUUUGAGGGAACGGGGCGGCUCUUUUUUGAAUAUUACCGGCUUCUUCACAUCAUGAAGCCCAAGGAAGAGGACCCGCGGCCAUUCUUCUGGAUGUUCGAGAAUGUGGUGUUCAUGAAUAGACACGACAAGGCCAACAUCUGCCGCUUCUUGGAGUGCAACCCAGUUUUGGUGGAUGCAGUGAAAGUGAGCCCUGCCCAUCGGGCGCGAUACUUCUGGGGCAACAUCCCUGGGAUGAACAGGCCCAUCAUCGCAUCCCAGAACGACAAGGUCAAUCUCCAGGACUGCCUUGAAAGUGGAAGAGUUGCCAAAUUCACUAAAGUAAGGACAAUCACUACCAACCCAAACUCCCUCAAGCAGGGUAAGGAUGUGAGAAAGCUCCCAGUAUCACAGAAGGGCAAUGAUGACAACCUGUGGAUCACAGAGAUAGAGAAGAUCUUCGGCUUUCCCAAACACUAUACCGAUGUGAAGAACAUGAACCGCCAGCAGAGGCAGAAGGUCCUAGGGAAGUCUUGGAGUGUGCCUGUGAUCCGUCAUCUCUUUGCCCCACUCAAGGACUACUUUGCCUGUGAACAGUUUCCUACAUCUAGUUCCUCAGCAAUUGAUAUGGAGGCGGCAUCGGUGAUUGGAAACUCAUGGUGUAGUCCUAUCGAGUGACCGCUGGUUUCAGCGAGGAAGCCUAAAGUGUAGGCAACAAGACUCCUUCCUCUAUGUCAGGACCUUCCCUGUGAAAGCUCCUUCCUUUCAGGACGACUCCGUUUAGGUCUCUUCCUUGUGUGGUUUCCACAUGCUGUGAUGCUCGUGGCUUUAAUGUAUGGCAAUAGUCGAGUAAAGGGGGCCAAGUAGCUCACAUCGCAUCACACCAUCACCCCCUCAUUUAACAAGAAAAAUUAUUCUCCAAAUCAGAAAAAUUAUUGCACAUCUUUCACAUGCUGACAUUUCAAAACAUAAAACAUCUUGGUUGGAGCAUAGAAGAAUAUAAAUAACUGUCAUAAAUGUUUUUGUUUUUUAUGGGUGCAAAAUCUCAUUUUAAAUUGUUGGCAUACAUGGCUGGUUUCACCUUUGACCCCUUUGGGGUGUGAUUUAAUCUCCUAGAAUGCUGUGCUUGCAGGUCAUCUUGAGCCUGUGUUGAUUAACUAAAAAAACGAAAAGGUUUGAUAGAAUUUUGUAUUCAGGUUUUGCGCAUGUGAAGCUUUGUCCUCCAGAGUGACAGACUGUCCGACGCAUUUUUGGCCGAAGUGUUGGGAACUCUUUCUUUUUUAUUAAUCUAUUUACAUUAAUUUAUCCGAAGACUCCAACCCACUCACAGGAUGCAAUGUCAGACUUUUAAAAAGCUCUUUCACUUAUAAGGUAUCAUAAUUAUGCAGUACUUCUUUAAGUCUCAGAGUGUUGAAAUAUAUUCUGUAUGUCAGACACAGGAAAAACUAGUUUGUUGAGGGUUAUGGAGGUUAUACAUUGUUCUAAAAAUGUUUGGCCACAACUCCUUGUUACAAAUGUGAUAUUUGGUCUGAUUAGAUUGAAAUGUGAUGUUUUUAUAUUUUUAGAUGAUUUUAUGUCACAUUAUGUAAAUGGCCUUCCUAUUGUGCGCACUGACACUUUCAUUUAGGUAAAGGUUUGCAUUCAGGAAUGUUCUCAACAAAAAUGGUUUGUUCCAGCAAGACUACCUCUUUGUGGUGUUUAUUGUGGUGCUUCAUAGUAGGCAUAUGGGCCUAACUCAAACAUAUCUGCUGCUAACAUGCUGCUGUGUAAAUAUAAUGUAGGCCUAAUUUUGUAAUUACAAGUGUGGUUUAUAAUGUUGGAUGAUGAUGAUGAUGAUUUGGACACCUAUUGAAUGUAUUGAAUAUAAUUUCUUGGUUGUGGGAAAGGAAGCCUCUGAUAGAAUUGUGUAAUUCUAUUUCAUGUAAUAUUUUGGUAAUUGUACAAACAUUUUUUUUAA